AUGGAUCGAUGCGAGCACGAGAUGGGGCAGGCAGCUUUGGCGCAACACUCGCCGAGUUCGCCUUAUAAGUACCUACUGAGCACGCAACUGGAAGUGAACUGCAGCGAAGUUAUAAAAAAUGUUAAGGAGAAAUUAUUUUGUGAAGACCUUAAAAAGGAAUUGAACGUUCGGUUCAUAUAUAUGGGGAAAAUUCUUGAUGACAAAAAAAGGCUGGAGGAUUAUUUAAGUCAUUAUUACAAGGACUUGCUUUUGAAUGGCAAGCCCAGUUCAUCCGGAUAUGACAGUAGGAAGGAUGGGUCUGGAAGUACGAGUGGGAUGACCAGAGAAACGAACAUGAAAAAUGCUUCCAGCGCUUCCAAGGACAGCUUUCUUAACAUCCCUAUUACAAUUCAUGUGAAGAUAACAGAAAAGUCAAGCACCUCCAACAAUGACCACCUCGACGGCAAGAACAUCAACACGACGCUGGCGCAACUCAGCUUGAUAAUGUUCGUGUCGCUUCUGUGGAUGUACAGAUACAACUACGCCGAGGCCUUCCCCGUUUUCUCCUCCAUCGUACUGUGCAUUUUCACAGUUCUUAUUGUGAGUCUUCUUUUUUACACUUAUAUAAUAAUGUUUUUUCAAGUGUUGUUUAAGGUGAUGGCAGUAGUGUACCAUCUGGUGAAGCAGAGCACGGUGCGCGUGCUGACUUACAUUAACGAGAGGAAGGCCAAACUGUUUGUGAGGAGGGAAGCAACGGCAGGAGGCGCGGCCGCAAAGGAGAAAUAG